AUGUCCGCCCAAUCCACCGUCUACCCCUCCGACGCCCCCUCCCAGAUCCGCAUCUUCACCCUGAACUGCUGGGGCCUCAAAUACAUCGCCAAAUACCGCCACGAGCGUCUCUCAGAGAUCGGUCGCCAGCUGGCCCUGGCCGACCCAGCUCCCGAGAUCGUCGGACUCCAAGAAUGCUGGACACAACAAGACUACGAGAGCAUCCGCGAGCAGACCCGUCACCUGCUCCCCUAUGGCAAGUUCUACUUCGGCGGCGUGAUGGGCGCGGGGCUCGCCAUCCUCUCGAAAUGGCCCAUUGAAGAGAGCUCCAUGUACGGGUAUCCGCUCAACGGGCGUCCAACGGCGUUCUUCCGCGGCGACUGGUACGUCGGGAAAGGUGUUGCCUGCGCCCGUGUACGCUUCGGGCCCGGCGCCAGCGACGUCGCCGAAGUGUUCUGCACGCACCUCCACGCCCCCUACGAGAAGGAACCGAACGAUUCGUACAUCUGCCAUCGCACCGCGCAGGCGUGGGAAAUCGCGAAGUUGAUGCGCGGCGCCGCGGAACGAGGCCACCUUGCCAUUGGACUGGGCGACUUCAACAUGGUGCCGUCGUCGUUCGCUCACCAGCUCAUUCGCGCCCACAGCCCCGUGCAGGACGUAUGGCAGGCGAUAUACCCAGACUCAUCCGUGGCCGCCCCCAUCGACCCCAUCGAACAGAAACGAGGCAAACCGACCCCGUCAGCCGAGUUCAACCUCAAUGUGAACGGCGCCACAUGCGACGGCAAAUUCAACACCUGGCGGUGGACCAAGGAGGACCGCAAACGGCUGGAGAAAGGGGAGGAGGUCGUUGUCGACAAGGAUGGUCCCUGUUCGAUGGGGAAACGGCUGGAUUAUAUCUUCGUCGGAGAUGGCGGAUAUCCGCCCGCCUUCCCUGCGCCCCAGUGGUCCGUCAAGUCCGUCAAUAUCGGUAUGACACAGCGGCAUCCCACGCUCCGUUGUUCGCUGAGCGAUCACUUCGCCGUCGAAGCCACCAUCACCCGCUCUCCUCGUCCCUCCGAUGCGGACGGCUCGACAGAUAAUAAGCUUCCCCAGUCCGUGAUUCCGAAUACAGCCCUAUCACCAGACACCUAUGACCGUAUCAUCGACAUGAUUCACACCUAUGUUCAACGUGAGCGGUCCCAGCGUCGUUGGAGACUCGCCCACUUUAUUCUCUCCGUGUUCGUGUCCAUUGGCUGCUUUGUCGGCGUCUGGUGGACGGGGGAUCUGUCCGAGCUGCGCGCACUUAAGGAGUUUGAAUGGGAGGUGCGCAAUGCGAAAGAAUUGGUCGAGAGAAGCGGUGGAUUUGAGAAGUCGGAAUGA